AUGGACAACGAAACCAGUCCCCGCCGCGUCGGCGGCCCAAUGGCCUCGGGGCCGGAGCGCGGGCCAGGCCGCGUAUUAGCCCAACGCUUACAUAAGCGGGGGGGCCCCCAACGGAGUGGCGGUGCGCGCCGUCCUAGAGCCGGCCGGGGUUCGAAACCGGUUGGGGCCGCCGCAAACAUCACUACAUUCGCGCCCUUUGUGCCA